AUGUGGAUUCUGGAGAACCCCGAGGCCUUUAAAGGCCGAAGGCUGUGGUUGCGACCGGGAAAGACAUACUUGUUUGGCCGAACGGCGGCAGAGCCUGGCCAAUUAGCCAUAUCCCACAAUACCAUCUCACGAAAACAUUUGACACUCACCGUCAGCCCAGUCGAAGAUGGCCAAGCUCACAAUCCCACCAGCCGAUCGACGCUCACCAUCGAGGAUCUGGCGACCAAGAUAGGAACAGUCGUUGAUGGAGAAAAGAUAAAGGGAAAGAAAAAGGUUGUGCAGGGGGCGACGGCCGAGUUCACCAUGGGCAAAUGUCCUCACAAGUUUAGCCUCUCGUGGGAGCCAGUUGUUUUCGCCUUUUCUUUUACUAGCAAGGAACUUCAGACGGAUCCUUUAACGACACUCCGCGACAGGUUCGAGCAGCUUGAUAUCAAGCUCGUGACGGAAUACGCCCAAUCCACUACACAUGUCGUUUCGAAGAAGCGGAAUACUGCCAAAGGACUGCAGGCAUUAAUUAAUGGCAAAUACAUCGUGACCGAGUCAUUUCUGGAUGCCGUUUUCGAGGCUGGGAGUCCGGCAGAGGGCGCAGAGAUUACUGAUCUCAGCCCUCUGGAACAGGACUUUACCCAGAACUGGCCUGAUGCACUACAACAUCUGCCUCCAAGAGGUGGAGAGCCCGUACAGCACCCGGACUCGACCUAUGCUCCCGAUCCCGAGAGAAAGGACAUUUUCGAGGGAUACACUUUCAUCUUCUAUGACCAGUCGCAGUACAACAACCUACUUGCGCCAAUCACAAACGGAGGCGGCAAGGCAUUGCUGGGCAAUGUCGUGCCAGAGGAGACUGAAGUGGACGAAUUCGUCCAAUAUGGGUCCUUGGUCAACUGGUACGCCGACUUCUUCACGUCUGUAUCUCUGAGACUGGAUCAUCGUCCUAUUGAGCAAAGCGAAUUCUUGGAAGCUAUCCUCAUCAAGGACGCGAGUAUCCUCCGGCGGCCACUCGAAGUUGAGUCAGCGCAAAAUACCCAAGAGCCUCAACACGCUCAUAAUGCACCCCAACCUGAGCCGUCAGGCAGUUCGCAGCCUGCAAAUACACAGGCUCCAACGUCACAAUCAGCUGAGGAGUCACAACCCGCCCCCAGGAGAGGAAGGACUAGAAGGACCGUCAAGAGGCGCUUUGCAGGUUUUGAUGAUGACGCGGAUAUUGAUAUGGAUGAAACCCCUUCAACUACUUCGGCACCAACAACAAAUCAGCCUUCGGCGCAACAGCCGGUGCAGCCAUCGGCAGAGGAAGAGGGUGGAUUGUUCGUAUCUCAAGAGCCAGACGACCCUCCCCCUCCCCCAGCAGAGGAGCCAAGAACUACCCGAAGGUCACAGAGGAAAAGACGCGGCUCUCCUCUACCGGAGGAUCAUCUCAUGGAUGGCAUGACUACCGCGGCAGAGAAGUUCAAGCGCCAGAGGAUAGAGCGGGGCGAAGACUUGAGUGUUCGGGCCAAAGAGGCAGAGCCUGAACCUGAAGCGCCUGCCCCGACGCCCAAGAAGAAGAUUAAGAAGGAGUUUGACAUUCUAGCAAUGGCCGCCCAGAACAAAGAAAAGGAGGAGGCUCGUGCUCGAGCUGAGAAGGAAGACCUAGCUAAUCUUCCUGAUGAUGUUGAUCUUUCUGAGAUCCGUCGACUCAACAUCGUGGAAGAGAUGGAGGUACGAAAGCCUAGUCAGGGCAGAACUCGGGAGCAAGACAUCCGCGAUGGCCGAUGGGAUCCAAAAUGGAACGGCAUGAAGAACUUUAAAAAGUUCAGACAACGCGGAGAAGCGACGGGCCGCCAAGCAGCGAGGGUCAUUGUGCCCCUUGUGGAGGUCAAGACCAAGGAGUUUGGCGUAGGCGACGAUUACUGGUUGGAGGACGAGGAGAACGAUAGGAGGAAGCGGCCCGCCAGCCAACCUUCAGGGGCAGAGUCUCAGCCUUCAGAACCAGCACCGGCGCGGCCUGUGCAAAGACGGCAUGUCGGUGUUGUUUCGGAUAGUAGCGAUGAGGAGGAACGGGUGUCUCAGAAAUCAUCGAUACCCGCUACACGGACUCGUGGCACCCGAGGCACGGCAUCACAGUCUCAGAGCAACACGAGGAGCCAGUCGUCCCGAGUCACAAGCCAGGGAAGCAAACGGGCCGCGGCAGAGCCACCAGCAGGGGGACAGCAGCCUCCCAAGCGGGUGCGGCCAACUCGCAGUAGGGUUGUCGAGAUUGCCGAUAGUGACGACAGCGACGAUGAGCUCAAGUUCAGGUUCGGAAAGAGGCGGUAAAAUAUCAUGUCGUUCUCUAUGCAGCAGGGGUAUCUCUCUAGCUAGUGUACAUCUAUGUGUUCUAAGGGGUGGGCAGCUAUGGCGCAACAAGGAUGGUUUACGGUAUUCCAAGAUGGUUUACGGUAUUCCAAGAUGAACUACCACCGUGAUCCAUGGGUACCCUCGAGUCUGUGUUCGUCAAGUCGCUUGUGUAAACGCAUGCUGUAAGUAAAUCUAAUCCAUGCCAUCCAUCUGGCUUUCGACACCUUCGGAUUCCUCGACGAGCAAUCCGACAAGACAAGCAGACAGCAUUGUCUCGUAGUUGACCCAGGGGUGAAUCUCACCAAACAACUUGGUGCCAUCACGGCCAGCACCACGCAACAGCUCCGGGACACCACCAGGAUGGUAGUCGGCGUAGGGCGUAAUGUUGUAGACCUUGCCGUUGAGGGCCAUCCAGGCGUCCUUGCCUUUACGACCGGUCUUGACCUUCAACAUAGAGGGCGUGACACGAAGAUAGGGAGUUGAGGGGUCAACGCCGCGGAGGUCAGAGUUGGGGCCAGAGAUGCGAGCCCAGUCCAGAGGAGAGUGGCCAGGCGUGAGAAGGACCUUUCGGCUGGGCUUGGAAGGCUUGGAGGAGUGAGUU